GUCCUGGGUCUCUCCGCGGCCGCCGCCGGAGGCUCCCAAGAUGGCGGCGCUGGCGGAGCGGGGCUACGCGCUGUCGUGCGGGAGGCUCGGCCGCGGCACCCGCGUCUCCGUCUUCCACGUCAAGCUCACCGAGUCGGCCCUGCGCGCCUUCGAGGCCUACCAAGAGCGCAAGGAUUCUGUGGUGCUGAGACCUUCGAUCCAGUUCCAAGGAAGUCAAGGGCACAUCUCGAUACCCAGGCCGGACAGUCUGGGACCAAGUCUCGAUCGCUUCUCGCUAAUUCUCUCCCACAUCGGGUAAGGGGACAGUCCCCAGGGGAGCUUCGACUGCAUCCAGCAAUAUGAGUCCAGCGACGGGGACAUCCAGCUGGAUUGUCUCGGCACCGUCCAGGAUAAAAUCACCGUCUGUGCCACUGACGAAUCCUACCAGAAGGCCAAGCAGAGCAUGGCCCAGGCGGAGGAGGAGACGCGGAGCAGAAGUGCCAUCGUCAUCAAGCCCGGAGGCCCUUAUGUCGGCAAAAAGGUCCAGAGGCGCAGACCCGCACCCGGAGCCUCCGACACGGUGCCCUCCCGGAAGCGGCCGACGCCCGUCAACCUUGCCAGUGCCAUCCGGAAAGGCAAAACCGCUGUGUCUCAGCGGCCCUUCAGAGACCGGCUGGUGCAUUUGCUGGCCGUGAAGCCCUACAAGAAACCGGAGCUGAUCUUGAGGCUGCAGAAAGAUGGCCUGGCUCAGCCGGACAAAGAUUCCCUGGAUAGUCUCUUGCAGCAGAUUGCAAAUGUGAACACUAAAGAUGGGACGUGUACCCUAAAGGAUUGUCUCUACAAAGAAGUUCAGAAAGACUGGCCCGGGUAUUCGGAAGGAGACCAGCUGCUGCUCAGAAAAAGGUUUCCUUUCCGGAAACUCUGCCAGCCGCAAAAUGCCAGCUGUCUCCCAGAGAACCCUGCUUUAAGCCCACCCAAAGAUGGUUCAAGUUUGUCCUCGUCGCCUUCCCAGAAACGAACUCAGCCGUCGGAAUUCAUUGACCCGCUCUCCAACAAGAAGCCACGGAUCUCUCACUUUACCCAAAGGACUCCGCUCGUUUUCAACGGCAAGCUGAACUUGGCCAAUGGGAAGGAGGCCUCCUUGCCCACGGCCGUGAAUUCGGUCGGCUCCGGCUCCCUUUUGCCGCCCCUGGAGCCACCCCAACCUCACAACCCCCUUCCCGAUGUUGGCGCCGACGUGAGCCACCACGACAAGGACUUUGAACCGCCAGAGCCAGCCGAGAGGCUGGGGGCGACUCGGCCAGCCACGAACUAUGCCCAGGCAAGCCGGCACAGCUACGGCUUCCAUUCAAAAACCAAGAAGAAACUUAAGAAGCACCGGGAGAGGGAGAGGAAGGAGGAGGAGCAGCAGCAGCAGGCCGGAGGAAACUCGUCCGGCACACUCAAAAAGGACAGUGUGAAAACGGGAUCCUCACAAAACACAGCAGGUGGGCGCCACUAAUUUGGGCUACAAAGAGAAUCCCUUUUUUAGGAGAAUGGAAGAGCAGGUGUGCAUCAGGUGUUCACAUCCCCUCGGUCCAGAAUUGGGAUAACUUUCAAGGUCUGUAUUUCGCUUGGGGAGGGGAGGAGUUGGUUUCCCUCCCUCUCGAGCACUCCUCAGUGAGAAAAACCUCCAGCAGGCAAGCUGUCAACUUCUGCGGGGUGGCUGGUUAGCCCUCUGCUGGCUGUCCCCUCAGUGGGCAGGUGAGAGUGAGUGUUCAUCGUACCCCGUCAGACCAUCGAUGGUGAACAGUGCGUUGCCUC